AUGAAGACGCUCCUGUUUGUUCUACUCUUACAAAGUUUUCUGCUGGUAUGUGUCAUCCAUAUUUCAAUGCAGUUAUAGAGCGUGGCGGUAGAGAAAACGGAGGACGAGCUGUUGGCGGAGAAAUGCGGGCAGAUCCUGCGGGCCGCGAAAAGGCAGACGUCGUACGAUUCGUUCGCGGAGAUGGUGCUGGCUUUCAAGCAUGAUGUAAGUGGGGCUAGAGAGCGUUUAAUAUAUAGGAGAAUAAGUCCUGUGAGAUGUAAGGUUUGCAGCACUACAUAUAAUACAUUUGUAUACCAGUCCGUCGGGGAAAUAAUCAGCACAAUGUCGCUGCCCCGAUCGUGUCGCUAAAGCAAAAAGCGAACACAGUGUUCAGAAUCAUCUCGACAGACUGAACGCAGCGAGCUAUAAGAGCUAUAAAUGCGCAUGAAGCUGGUUUUUAGGACCGAUUGGGAAAUUUUUUUUUCUCUUUUUUUUUGUUUUGCUUGCGCAUCCGCCUAUCCGAAAAAAAGGCCCCCCCCCCAUAAUGAAAAAUUAGAAUAAUACGAAAAAUGCAAAUUAUAGUAAAAUGUAAAUUCUGAAACGAUUCAAUCAAACCUCCUACGUUUUGAUUCAAACUGUUAUCCAAAGCGCGUUACAACAUUCCUUCUCAUCAAGCUUUUCUUGAAGGUUUCUGGGUUCAGAUUGUAUGUGAAGGGUUUGUAAUGGGCCAUGCGGGUCUGAGCUGGACUCGGGGUCUGUACUACCCCCAUAUCAGUCUGUCGAAAAUAUAUGAGCGUAAUGUCGCUGUGCCGAUCGCGUAGCUGAAGCAAAAAGCAACUCGAUUUUACCGCGACAAAAUUCAUUUUCUCACCGGCCAUGCAGUUUUCAAGGCGACAGAAUGCUCAUAAUUUUCCCGACGGACUGAUAGUAUAAUCGUUUUCUCCUUUCAGGCCACAACGCUUGCCAACGAAAACGGCCUGAAGACCCAAGUUGGCCCAUUGAUCAAGAAUGCAACAGAAAGAUUCCUGUCAUUACCUGAAUCGGAUAUACUGGGAAAGAAGCUGAUGGAAUUUAUCGAGACCCUCAAGCAAAUACGAAAAAUAUUGAUCUCGAAAGCGGAUGCGGUAGAGCUUCUUCCCUUCGACAUACCAAUUCAUUAUCUCCUCAUUCUAUGCAAGGUAAGUUGUUAAGAAAACGAAACGCCAUGCUUUUCAAUGCGACAGAGUGUCAUUAUUUUCCCGACAGACUGAUAUUCACUAUAAUAUCCUGGUUUAAGGAGAACGGCGACAUACUCGGGUCACUCCAAAAAAUUGAACAAGUUUCACAUCUGAAUGGCACAAUGUUAACCAACCGCUUUAUCAACCUCUUCACCACAUCAUAUCAGCUCGGAGAAUACUUGAAUUUUAAUCCCUCCGAGGAAAUGGAAAAAGUAAUCGACGCCGCUUUCAAGCUCGAUGUAACGAAUAUUCUUGGCAAACCGUAUGAUGACUUUAUCGCCUCGAUUCGAGGACUCCGCAAUGCGUUUAUCGAUCAUAAGGCCAAUCCCAACACGCUGGAACGGCUGGAUGUUUUCGUGAGAAUCUUGGAGAAAACAAAAAAUUCAGGUCAAAACGUGACGCCUAAAUAG